AAAUUAAUACUCAGUAUUCUACAGUAAUACAAAAAAAAAUCAUAAAACGCCCAAAUUGGAGAAGUGUUAGGGUUUUGCACUACUUUCUCUUCUCCAUCGCUCACUCCGUUGCAGUGGAAUUCACCGGAAAAUUGGUUUUGGAGUAUUACAAGCCAUUGAUUUUAUCCGAACCUCCAUAGGAGAAAAACAAAUAGGAAACUAUCAUGGGUUACGCACAGCUGGUCAUUGGCCCUGCUGGCAGUGGAAAGUCUACCUACUGUUCUAGCUUGUCCCAACAUUGCGAAACUAUUGGCCGAUCAAUUAAUAUUGUAAACUUAGAUCCAGCUGCCGAGAAUUUCGACUAUCCUGUGGCGAUGGAUAUUAGGGAACUCAUUUCGCUGGAGGACGUCAUGGAGGAGCUUGGAUUGGGGCCAAAUGGUGGUCUUAUUUACUGCAUGGAGCACCUGGAAGAAAAUCUGGACGAGUGGCUGACAGAAGAAUUGGAUAAUUAUUUGGAUGAUGAUUAUUUAGUUUUUGACUGCCCAGGCCAGAUUGAACUUUUCUCCCAUGUACCUGUGCUGAAGAACUUUGUGGAGCAUUUAAAGCGUAAAAACUUCAAUGUCUGUGUUGUGUACCUACUUGAUUCACAGUUUAUAACAGACGUCACCAAGUUCAUAAGUGGGUGUAUGGCCUCACUCUCUGCCAUGGUUCAACUGGAGCUACCACAUGUUAAUAUUCUCUCCAAAAUGGACCUUGUGAGAAACAAGAGGGACAUUGAGAACUACUUGAAUCCAGAACCUCAGACUCUGUUGGCUGAGUUGAAUCAGCGCAUGGCUCCACAGUUUGGGAAACUUAAUAAGAGUUUGAUUGAACUGGUAGACCAGUACAGCAUGGUGAGCUUCUUUCCUCUUGAUCUGAGAAAAGAGAGCAGCAUUCAGUAUAUUCUGUCACAAAUUGACAUGUCUAUUCAGUUUGGGGAAGAUGCAGAUGUAAAGGUUAAGGAUUUUGAUGAAGAAGACGACGACUGAACAAGUAUUUUGAAUUCAACCAAGAACAAUGUUUACAUUUGUUUUGCCAAUUAAGAUUCGUGUUUAAAGCACCAAUGUCACUUUUAUAAAUCAUAAUUAGAAGCUUUGCAUGAAAUUUAUGAUC